AUGUUGCAGAAACUUGGGUAUCGCUGUAGCAGGGAUCUCUCAGCUUUCACUCCAAAAUGGCGGACGGGUCCCAGAGUGGGGAUACGGUGCAUGUACGUGAUAAAUAUACAAUAUGAAAAUCGUGUGACUAAAGAGUACGUACUAUCGUGUCAUGCCCCCCUCGCAUACGAAGUCCGCGCAUAAUCGUACGUAUCUUGCUCGGUCCGGCGAAAGAGUGCUUGGAAGGGGAAGCCGACACGUGAGGCCAUUAACUUCCACACUGAAACAAACUGAAAGGUGGAGGUGGAAGCAACUGAAUAACAGAAGCAGAAGACGAUGGAAUACCGACAUAACCGGCAUUGCAUUAGAUAUCGUUGCGUGUAUACCAGCAACGGCAACGGCAAUAAGCGCUAGGUUACGUGCAGGCGCUUGCAUCCAUCCACGUGCAUUCAUCAUUGUUUAGAUAUGAAUAUAUGUUGUUAUACAUAAAAAAACUGAUCAACGUUUCUACUUAUUCAUUAAUGCACUAGCUAAUUUUUUAUAAAUGUUAAUUUACGGAAAUAUUUCAUAAUUUAUUAACGAUGACUGCAAGCAAUUCAAAAGAUGUUAUAACUAUAGAUGAGGAUGAAUACAUAGUUACUGAAGGAGAUGAAAUUGCUGCUAUCGAUUAUGAAUUGAAGCAGAUUGACACUGAAAUGCAAAAACUUGAAGAUCGAAAGAAGAUUUUAAUUGAGCGUAAGGAAAAGUUACGGGAUGAUGCACUUUUAAAGAAAAGUUUAUGUAUGUCAAGAAAAGAUUGGGAUAAAGAGACCUUCAGUUGGUCUAAAGAUCUAAAGAAAGCUUUGAAGGAUGUUUUUAAAAUUGAGAAAUUAAGAGAAUUGCAAUUAUCGACUAUGAACGUAACCAUGUCGAAAGAAGAUGUAAUUUUAGUUAUGCCUACAGGCGGUGGUAAAAGUUUGUGUUAUCAGUUACCAGCUGUCAUCGGUAAGGGCAUCACCAUAGUGGUUUCUCCGUUGAUAUCGUUAAUGGAAGACCAGUUACAUGGUUUACAAAAAAUUAAUGUGAACGCUAUGAUGUUGAGUGCAAAGAAUAAUAAAGACAAUGUAAAAACCAUAAUGAACGCGCUUGUAGAUAUGAAAUCCAAUGUCAAACUAAUUUACGUUACUCCAGAGUAUAUGGCGAAGUCUAAUCGUUUCAUGAACAAAUUACAAAAAGCUUAUCAACUCAAGCGAUUAGAACGUUUUGCAAUAGACGAAGUUCAUUGUUGCAGUCAAUGGGGGCAUGACUUUAGACCAGAUUAUAAAUUUUUAGGAAUUUUGAAAUCUAUGUUUCCAGGGAUACCAAUUAUCGGGUUAACCGCCACUGCUCCAGCAAAGAUUAUUGUGGAUGUUCAAAAAAUCUUAGAUAUUCAAGGUUGUUUAGUUUUAAGAGCUACAUUCAACAGACCUAAUCUAUUUUACGAAGUUCGACGUAAACCAACCGAUAGAGACAUGUGUUUAGCUAUGAUAGAAAAUUUAUUGAAAAACAGAUUUAAGGAUAAGUCUGGAAUAAUUUAUACAACUACCAUAAAGGAUGCGGAACAAUUGACAACCGAUUUGAGGUCAUUAGAUGUAAAAGUUGGAUGUUAUCAUGCAAUGCUAGAGGCAGACUACAGAUCAGAAGUUUAUUCCAAAUGGAUAUCCGGAAAAUAUCAAGCCGUAGUUGCUACCAUUGCCUUUGGAUUAGGUAUUGACAAGCCGAAUGUACGAUUCGUUAUUCAUCAUUGUAUCUCAAAAUCAAUGGAGAACUUUUAUCAGGAGAGCGGACGUGCUGGUAGAGAUGGAAAGAAUUCAGCUUGUAUCGUAUUAUAUAGACUUCUAGAUGUAUUUAAAUUAAGCACAAUGGUGUUCCAAGAUAAAGUUGGUUUACAAAAUUUAUACAAAGUGUUAGCAUAUUGUUUAGAUCAAACUUCGUGCAGACGUAGUUUAAUUGCAACGCAUUUUGAGGAAACUUGGAACAAAAAAGAUUGUGCCGAAAUGUGCGAUCAUUGUAGAAAACCUAGUGAGAGAAAAGACACAAAUAUCGCUCCAUACUGUAGACAGUUAUAUCAAAUACUGACUAAAGCAGUACAAAGUGAUACAAGAUUAACUGCCUUAAAACUUAUAGAUGCUUGGUACGGUAAAGGUGCAUCAACAUUACGGGUAUCUUCUGUGCCAAUACCGAAGUUUACGAGACAGUCAGGCGAAGCUAUAGUAGGACAUUUACUUGUAAAUGGUUACCUACAGGAAGAUUUUCAUUUUACUUCGUAUUCUACGAUAUCAUAUUUGAAACGUGGAGCCAAAGCUGCACUGGCACUUGAUAACAAUCAUGAAAUACUUUUUAAGUACAGUAUACAAUAAUGUACAUAAUUGUAAUAAUUAAUCUACAAUAUAAUGAUAUUUAAUUUGUGAUAUGAA